AUGUCCAUAAGCUCAAUCAGCGGCUUCAUGGCCAAUUACUCGCCUAUUUCUGGACGUACGUCUUCCUCCGAUGAUGAGAAAAGUCUAGUUCUCCAACGAGGCGACGAGGAGGCCGGUGAAAAACAGCCUGUUCGCGAAAAGACGUCGAAUUGGAUAGAUGGGCGUACCGUAUCAGAUGCAAUUAUCGGCCUGUCUGAUGGUAUGACAGUACCUUUUGCCCUGACUGCAGGCUUAUCUGCCCUCGGUGAUACGAAGGUGGUCGUUUUUGGUGGUAUGGCUGAGCUCAUUGCGGGUGCUAUCUCUAUGGGCCUCGGUGGAUAUUUGGGAGCCAAAAGUGAAGAGGAGUCAUACAAGGCCACCCUCAAAGAAACAAAAUCACAGACCAUAACCAGCCCAGGUUCUAUCUCCACCACCAUUUCUGACAUUUUCGAGCCCUACGAACUUCCGUCCGAACUAGUGUCCCAGUUGACCAGUCACCUCUCGUGUUCACCUAUGCUCCCUUCAUUUCUCAUGAACUUUCAACACACUCUACCAGAACCAUCUGGCUCUCGAGCUGUCACGUGCGCCUUGACAAUUGCCAUUGGCUAUUUCAUUGGCGGAUUUGUUCCACUGCUGCCUUACUUCUUCGUCGGACCACAUGAUGCAUUCGUCGCUCUGCGUUGGUCAAUUGCAACUAUGAUUGUUGCUCUCUUCAUGUUUGGCUAUGGCAAAACCUGUUUCGUGAGUGGCUGGCGAGGUCGUCGGAAUAUUCGCAGCGGAAUUAUUGGCGGUCUUCAAAUGGUGCUCGUGGGUGGUCUUGCUGCUGGUUCAGCCAUGGGUCUAGUCAAAGGAUUCCAAUUACUGGCGCAAGGGCCUGACUCCUAA